AUGAGUAAUCUUGUAAGAGCAUAUUUUUAAUUAUUUUUAUUAGAAGAUUUACCUCAAACAUUUUUAUAACUGUUUUAUGUAAUUAGUUAAACUCUUAAAAAAUCAAAGUCUUUACCAAUAUAAAUCUAUAUAUCCACAGCAGUUGCUAAUUUUACAACUAUUUCAUCUUUUUACAAGUAUUAAUAUUAUAUUAUAAAUUAGAUUUUCAUCUAUUCGACCUACAAAUUUGUUAUAAGAAGAUUUUGAUCUACUUUAAAUUUAAAAAAAUUAAACUAGAUCAAUUAUUCUAUAAAAUGAAUUUACGGAAGAAUAAAACCAGAUUAAAAUAUAUACUGAGUCUUUGAAGAAAAAGUCAAAUGAUAUUUUAUAAGUGGAUAAUUAAUUUUAUGAAGAAGCUUAAAAGCUAUUAAGUUGA